AUGGAUAUUACCACGUCACCGACUGUGGAUGCUGCUGUGCUGAAUGAAAGGGAUAUAUCAACUGACACCCCUACAGCACUAAUGGAUAUUACCACGUCACCGACUGUGGAUGCUGCUGUGCUGAAUGAAAGGGAUAUAUCAACUGACACCCCUACAGCACUAAUGGAUAUUACCACGUCACCGACUGUGGAUGCUGCUGUGCUGAAUGAAAGGGAUAUAUCAACUGACACCCCUACAGCACUAAUGGAUAUUACCACGUCACCGACUGUGGAUGCUGCUGUGCUGAAUGAAAGGGAUAUAUCAACUGACACCCCUACAGCACUAAUGGAUAUUACCACGUCACCGACUGCGGAUGCUGCUGUGCUGAAUGAAAGGGAUAUAUCAACUGACACCCCUACAGCACUAAUGGAUAUUACCACGUCACCGACUGUGGAUGCUGCUGUGCUGAAUGAAAGGGAUAUAUCAACUGACACCCCUACAGCACUAAUGGAUAUUACCACGUCACCGACUGUGGAUGCUGCUGUGCUGAAUGAAAGGGAUAUAUCAACUGACACCCCUACAGCACUAAUGGAUAUUACCACGUCACCGACUGUGGAUGCUGCUGUGCUGAAUGAAAGGGAUAUAUCAACUGACACCCCUACAGCACUAAUGGAUAUUACCACGUCACCGACUGUGGAUGCUGCUGUGCUGAAUGAAAGGGAUAUAUCAACUGACACCCCUACAGCACUAAUGGAUAUUACCACGUCACCGACUGUGGAUGCUGCUGUGCUGAAUGAAAGGGAUAUAUCAACUGACACCCCUACAGCACUAAUGGAUAUUACCACGUCACCGACUGUGGAUGCUGAAUGA